UGAUCAAAUGCCAGAACUUUAUAAACUUGAUGAUUACGAUAAUUGUAUAUCGAGAACUCAAUCCGUGUAUUGUAUGGUUUAUGCAGAGAUCGUGCCCGAUCAUUCGUCAAAGUUAUGGAAUUUCAUUGAGGUUUAUUCAAAAGAUUAUCGACAUCACUUUCGUCAUGAUCAUUUAUUUUUUGGUAUUUGUGUGGAUAGAUGUGAAAUUUUAUUGGAGACGCUUUCACUUCCGGAACUGUCGGAAUUGUAUGAUGAAAGAAUUGAAUCAAGUGAGAUUACGGAGUACUAUGCCAAAAUUCACAGAGAAGAAAGUGAACAGCAUUCGCGUUAUCAACAGGUGUUGGGAAAAUGUCUGAAUUAUGAUUUUAAAGCUAAAUUCGGCUUACAGUUAAAAACUUUAAUUGAAUACUGCGAGUACCCAGACAAUACUUUAAAAAUAAACGGCUGGGCUUUAGCGGCUUAUGGAGUUUUUGCAGUUUUCAUAAUCAUUAAUGUCUUAUCCUCAUGCUACGAUUAUUAUUUGCUCCGUCAGCAAACUGAAGACAGUGGGAAGAUUGAUUUCUAUAAAAGAGAUUUCAAAAUUUCAGCUCACAAAUUGUUAACUUCAUUUUCCCUUUAUCGAAACUAUUAUCGUUUAACACGCCCUUUGUCGCAAGAGUAUGAGCAACUAAAAUUUUUGAAUGGUUAUCGCUUCGUUUGUAUUUUUAUGAUGGUCGCGGGUCACAGCAUGAUAUAUUUAGCAAUCGCACCAAUUCAAAAUAUAAUAGAAGUCGAAGACAUGGGAAAAAGUCCUGCACUCGCCAUAUUGCAAGGUGGUCCUGUUAGUAUGCAAACAUUUUUUUUGAUAACUGCGUUUGUGUUAAAAUUAAAAUUCAAUGAUUUACAUUUAGUAACACCUCAGACGAAGAUGUCUAAGUGUUGUAAAGUGUUUGCAAAACUGCUGACAUUACGUUAUUUGCGAAUAGUGCCGUCGUUGAUCAUUUUUAAUUUAUUUGAGGCAUUUUUAUUCCAAAAUGUCGGAGAUGGACCUUUAUGGAAGCAUGUAGUUCAACCCGAUAGCGUUUUGUGUCGUGAAUAUUGGUGGAAGAAUGUAUUUAUGUUGAAUAAUAUACUAAUGCAUUAUAGUUGUUCCCAUCAUACUUGGUAUUUGGCAACUGAUAUGCAAUUGACUGUGUUUUUUGUAAUUAUCGCAAUUGUAAUAUCGAGAUUUCCUAAUUGGAAGAAAUGCAUUUACGCAGCUAUAGCUUUGGCAUCUAUAAUCAUAACAUCUGCUGUAACAUAUAUUCUUAAACUUGAAGCGUUUACUUACUUUGCACUUGACUUUUAUCGGCAUUUGUUUGUUAAAGAUUUUCCGACUUAUUACGAGGGCUAUAUUCCAUUCUAUAUGAACUUAGGUAGUUACCUCGGUGGCUUUAUAUUGGCCGACAUAUAUACCAAUUAUAUUAGGUCUAACGAAAAAUUGAAGAAACAGUUCACGGGUGUCUUGAAAUAUGAAUUUGGCUAUUGGCUUGUAUAUCUGGCGUUUUUUGUUUUGCUUUCUAGCAGUUCAUACUUUAUAAAUUACGAGAGUGAAAGACCGCCUUUUUUGGUGGCUGCUUAUGCUGGUUUAUUUCGCAACGUUUGGGCAUUCGUAAAUGUGUUGGCUUUCUUAGGAAAUUUCUUUAAAUUGGGUUCUAUCGUAUAUCAUAUCUUUUCUGCACCUGUUUUAGGAAAAUUUCAUAAAAUCUCCUACCAAGUGUAUUUAUGGCACAUACCCGUCCUUAGAACAUUUGUCGGCAUGUAUCGUCAACCGUUUCAUGUUAAUCCCAUAUCUAUGAUUAUUGUGAUCCUCACCAGUUUCCUUAUAUCGAGUAUUGUGGCAUUUAUAAUGACUCUCACGGUAGAAUACCCAUUAGCUACUAUAAUAAGUUAUUUUUUCAAAAGAAAAAAGUAA